AUGGAGGAAUCCCGUUUGAGACUCCAGAUUCAACUUUUGAGAGAUGAAUUAAACAAGAUGACAAUUUUAGCACAAAGAUGCCUUGGGGGGCAAAUAACGCCUCUUGACCUAUCAAACUCGACUCCGAUUGGACAAGGCGAAGGUGGAGGAGUCAUGGAAUCUCUAAACCUCAGAGAGUAUGUCAAGUUGUUCGCUCCUUGUUUAGAAAUUAAACCCGACAACAAUUCUACCCAUUAUGCGACCAGGGCGACUGGCAUUAUUGCCGCCAACAGCUCCACGAUCCUCAGGGCAUUGAUGGAUGAAAAUCAAUGGCCAUAUUUAUUUCAAACCAUAAUUGGUACGAGUGCACUUAUAGACCUAAUUCAAGAAGACAAUGGAACAAACUUGAAAAUGAUGUACGCCGAGCUGCAAGUGCUAUCGUCUUUGAUUCCUGUUCGGAAAGUAAAAUUUAUUCGAUUCAGCAGACAGGGAGUAUGGGGAAUGGUGGAUGUAUCUGUUGAAAAUUCCCAUGAUAUUUCGGAAACAAACCCAAUUAUAAAUUGUAGGAGGUUCCCUUCUGGAUGUAUUGUGCAAGAUAUGCCCAAUGGUGGCUCCAAGGUAACUUGGGUGGAGCAUUUGGACUUUGAAGAGAACGAGUUCAAUCAUCCAUUAGGAGUCAUGAGUUGCAGUUCGUCUUUUGGUGCUCAAAGGUGGCUUGGUUCACUUAAGAGACAAUGCCUAUGCUUGGCGAUUAUAACGUCUCCUCAUGAUCGAAUUAGCGGGAUGGUUAAUCAGUCCAGGAAGAGAAGCAUGGCUAAUAUGGCUCAUAGAAUGGUAGUCCAAGUAGGGGAAACAAUGGUGACUAUACGCAAUAAUAAUCCGGGUGAGCCAACCGGGGUGGUGCUGAGUGCCUCAAAUUCGUUCUGCAUGCCCAUUUCCCAUCAAUCUCUGUUUAAUUUCCUAAGCCACAAACAUACAAGGGGUGGUGAGUUGAUGGAGGUUCAUUCCACCAUACCAAUAAUGCGAGAGUUGGUUAGAAUCGACAAGAACAAUGGAGACCAUCUCAACCGUGUCUCUUUUCUUGUCACCAAGGUUUUACAUGGAAACAAUCAAAAUUCUGUUCCUAUACUGCAAGAGACUCAAUCAGAUGGGUCGGGUUCAUUGUUAGUGUAUGCGCAAGUGACCUUAGAGGGGAUGCAGACCGUGAUGGAGGGCCGGGAUUCGAGUUUGGUGGAAAUAUUUCCGCCAGGAUUUUCCAUCAUCCCAAAUACCAAAGUGAGUGAAAAUGACGAUGAUUCGUGUAUGAGUAUGAUGACAGUUGCGUUCCAACUAUUGACCGAGAAUAGCCCAGGAAACAUGAACAUACCCAGGCAGACCAUUGAAUACAUAAACAACCUGAUGUCUAGCAGGAUUCAGAGGAUCAAAUCUGCUAUUUACCGCGGCUAG